AUGGCGCCUUCAAAGUUUGCACAUCUGCCGCUGGCAACUUCGGGCCCUCAGGAAUGUGCACUGACGGGCAAGUCAUUGCUGCAGACGCCGUACAUGAACAAAGGCACGGCAUUCACAGACGACGAGCGCAGAGAGUUUGGCCUGAGCAGUCUGCUCCCUGCCCAGGUCAACACGCUGGAGGAGCAGGUCAUGCGCGCGUACGAGCAAUUCCAGACCCGGCGGACCCCCCUGGGCAAGAACACCUUCAUGACAAGCUUGAAAGAACAGAACGAGGUUCUCUACUACCGCUUGAUCCAGGACCAUCUGAAGGAGAUGUUCCCGAUCAUCUACACCCCGACCGAGGGCGAGGCAAUCGCAAAGUACAGCAGACUGUUCCGCCGGCCAGAAGGCUGCUUCCUCAAGAUCAGCGAUCCUGAUGACAUCGAAGCGGCGCUGGACCAGUGGGGUUCACCGGAAGAUGUGGACAUCAUUGCUUGUAGCGACGGCGAGCAAAUCCUAGGUAUCGGAGACCAAGGCGUCGGCGCAAUACUCAUCAGCAUCGCAAAGCUGGUCAUAUACACUUUGUGCGCAGGCAUCCAUCCCAACCGCACAUUGCCGGUGGUUCUCGACGUGGGAACCGACAAUCAGGAACUGCUGGACGACGAGCUGUAUCUCGGUCUGCAUCAACCGAGAGCCAGAGGCCCAGAAUAUGACGCAUUCAUAGACCGCUUCGUCAAGGCCUGUAGGAAACGCUUCCCUAAAGCGUACAUCCACUUUGAAGACUUUGGCCUGCGCAAUGCUAGACGCAUUCUCGACGAGUACGAUCAGGAGAUCCCUUGCUUCAACGACGAUGUCCAAGGGACAGGAUGUGUGACCCUGGCGGCCCUGUAUGCGGCCACCCAUGUUGCCGGGUAUUCACUCAAAGAUCUGCGAGUGGUUAUGUUUGGCGCAGGAACUGCGGGCAUAGGUAUCUCGGACCAGAUUCGGGACGCGAUAGCCGUCGAGAGCGAAAAGACAAGGGAGGAGGCCACGAAACAGAUCUGGUGUAUCGACAAGCCCGGGCUCCUUUUACAAUCUCACGGCGACAUACUUACGUCGGCUCAGCACGACUAUGCCAGGCCGGACAGCGAGUGGCCCGACAAACGGAACAACUCGCUGCUCGAUGUCGUCCGGAAGAUCAAGCCACACGUACUCAUCGGAACCAGCACCAAGCCAGGGGCAUUCACUCAAGAAGUCGUGCAAGAAAUGGCUAAGCACGUCGAGCGGCCGAUCAUCUUCCCGUUGUCGAAUCCCACGCGCCUGCACGAAGCCGUCCCCGAGGACUUGUUGCGUUGGACAGACGGCAAGGUUCUAACUGCGACUGGGAGCCCCUUCGAUCCUGUGGACGUCGGUGGCAAGGAACGCGAGAUAGCAGAGUGCAACAACAGUGAAGUGUUUCCUGGUAUUGGCCUAGGGGUAGUCCUCUCUCGGGCCAAGCUCAUCACCCCCGAGAUGUUGGUCGCCGCCGUGAAGGCAUUAGCGGCACAGGCGCCGGCGCUCGAGGAUCCCGACGCUGGACUGUUGCCCGACGUGACGAACGUUCGUGAAAUCAGUGUCAAGAUCGCGGCUGCGGUGAUAAAGCAGGCGGUCCAGGAUGAUUUAUCACAAGAGGACGACAUCCCCACAGACGAUCGAGAGCUGGAAGUUUGGAUCAGAGAACAGAUGUGGAAGGCAGAAUACCGGCAGCUGAAGAAAGUGAGCAAAGACGAGGCAGAUCGAGCUGCUCUAGGUGUCAUGGGAAGCAAGGGCGUAAUGAGUUGA